AUGGUACUCUCAGGCUUUGUUUGUUGUUUUUUUUUCCUCGUCAAGAAACUCCACACACACACACACACACGUAUUAGUAGAUUUGGACUCUUACAUCUCUUACUUUGAGAGAGAGAAGAAAUAUUAAUAUGUUACCGUUCUCGGUAUUGAUUAGUCCUUUAUGAGAGGUCGUUUUUAAAUUCUACAAUAAAUAUAACAAUGCCUACCCUCUAUGGCCAAUCUUUAACAUAGUGUCGUCUACAUUUAAGAGAAACAUUUUAUAUUUACUGGUAAACCAAGCUGAAGACCACUAACAAUAAUGGAGUUUAAGCAAGAAGAGUUAUCAGAGCCAGUCAGUCCCACAGGCCAAUACCUCAACAGCCCCGUGCUGUCGAUUUCUAUUAUCGGAGUUUUGGAAUUAGAAGUCCCCAUCGAUGACUCACCCACCAUGGCAUUGCUCAAGGAUGUAUUUCUCCCCAUCAACCCACGGUUUUCCUCGAUCAUGGUUAGAGAUGAAAAUGGAGUGAAACAUUGGAAGAGAGUUGAAGUGAAGCCCAUGGACCACGUUAAGUUCCCUACUUUCCCUGCUGAAAAGUCAGUAGAAUUCUAUGAUGAAUAUCUCAAUGACUAUAUAUCAAAGAUAGCCAUGGAUGAAUUUCCACAAAGUAGACCACUUUGGGAAAUCCAUAUCAUCAAGUACCCUACAACCAAUGCAGCUGGGACUUUGAUUUUCAAGCUCCACCAUUCAUUGGGUGAUGGUUAUUCAUUAAUGGGGGCUCUUCUAUCUUGUCUACAAAGAGCUGAUAAUCCUUCUCUUCCGUUAACAUUUCCUAAGCUUCAAACAAACGCAACAAAUUUGGGUGGUGAGAGCGGGAGCAUUUUCACUAGUGUGCCUCGGUUUUUCUCCGGCCUUGUCAACACUGUUUCGGAUUUUGGAUGGAGCCUUCUAAAGAGUACCGUGGUGGAAGAUGACCGGACACCAAUAAGAUCCGGGGAUGCCGGAAUGGAAUUCCGGCCGAUCACUAUAACUACCAUGACCUUCUCUCUUGAUCGCAUCAAACAAAUUAAGACCGAUCUUCGAGUGAGCAUAAAUGAUGUAAUCACGGGAACUAUCUUCUAUGGAACUCAAUUGUACAUGCAACAAGCAUCAUGUGAUGAGUUAAGGAAUGCGCAUUCUACAGCAUUGGUGCUGCUCAACACUCGGAACAUAGCUGGUUACAAGUCUGUUGAUGAAAUGGUGAUGAAGCCCCAAACUGUCACAAAAUAUUGGGGGAACCAAUUUGCGUUCCUGCACGUACCAAUUCCCGAGUUAAAUGAAACUGACUCUUCAGAUCCCAUCUGUUUUAUCUACAAAGCACACCAAAUGAUCAAGAAAAAGAGAAACUCCGGGGCUGUUUAUCUCACCGGCAGGUUGCUUGAGACACUGAGGAAACUUAUAGGCCCUGAGAGGACUGCUCGGUACAUGUAUGGCACAAUAAAGAACUCAAGCAUGGCCCUGACAAAUAUGAUCGGCCCGGUGGAGCAAAUGGCUUUGUCUAAUCAUCCUGUGAGAAGCUUCUAUUUUAUGGUGGUCGGAGUUCCACUGAGUCUUACAAUAACAAUGGUGAGUUAUACUGGAAAGCUAAGGGUUGCAGUUGGAACAAAGAAGGGCCUCAUAGAUCCGCAAAGGUUCAAGUCAUGCAUUGAGAAGGCCUUUGACAUGAUGUUCAAUGCCGAAGUGAAGUCCGCUUAACAAGUACUAGACUGAUACGAUCAGUCAAUUGGGCUCAUAUGAAAAUUAUAUCAUUAGUACUUUUUUUCAUAAAUAUGGAAGUAUAUUAUUGGCACUUCUCUUACUUUCAAAAUUAUUUCAGAACUUCAUAGUCUUUGGAAUAUGUCCUAAUUUUCUUUUUUUAUAUAUGUAAAAUAAGAUGCUAAUUGGUUCGAAUAAUCGUGAUUUUUUAAAUGGAAUUGUUAGCCAAGACGAAGCCAAAUAAAAAAGAUAGCUGCAUGAUCAAGGUUGAUUUUCCACCUUGUGCCUGUGCUAUUUCUUCCUGAA